AACAACAUACGGCUAUCAGCCGGAGCAACAAUUAAUUUAAUUACCUAUAGUAACUAUUCUGUCAUUCCAUUUGUAUGCAACAGCGUCGCUAAACCGUUCAAGAAAUCCUUAGUUCUCGCCAUCUGAAAUAGGUGGACAAAGGUCAAGAGCAUCGGAACUCAAUUAUAAUGAACAUUAUAGAAAACGCUAGCGAUCUGGACAUUACACAGAUUUCGUUAUCAUACCACUGAAUUGUUGUGUACCAUUAUAGUAGGUAUUUUAUUAGAUUAAAUCGUGUUGCUUGCCAAUUAGUACCAACAAUUACUGCAUUUUAACGUGGUUUUCGGUGCGUAUGUUUACUUUUUCUAUACAUUCUCGUGUGUGGUGUUUCUUCUGGCAGAAUGGAUUGUUGUAUGGUGACUUCGGGUGAUAUAGAGGAUUCGGAUUCACAUAUUAUUUCACCUGAAAAUAACAUUGAUCAAAUAAAAUCGAAUAGUUGUAUGACGACUUCCGGUGAAAUGGAGGAUUCGGAUUCACAUAUCAUUUCACCUGAAAAUAACAUUGAUCAAAUAAAAUCGAAUAGUUGUAUGACGACUUCCGGUGAAAUGGAGGAUUCGGAUUCACACAUUAUUUCACCUGAAAAUAAUAUUGAUCAAAUAAAAUCGGAUAGUUGUAUGACGACUUCGGGUGAAAUGGAGUAUUCGGGUUCACGUAUUAUUUCACCUGAAGAUAACGAUCAAGGAAAAUUGGAUAGUAGCGUGACAACUACGUGUGGAAUGGAUGAUUUAGAUACACGCGUUAUUUCACCUGAAUAUAACAUUGAUCAAGGAAACUCAGAUAAUUGUAUGACGAUUUCGGAUGAAAUGGUGGAUUCGGAUUCACAUAUAAUUUCACCUGAAAAUAACUUUGAUCAAAUAAAAUCGGAUAGUAGUAUGACGAUUUCGGGUGAAAUGGAGGAUUCGGAUUCACAUAUUAUUUCACCUGAAAAUAACAUUGAUAAAAUAAAAUCGAAUAGUUGUAUGACGACUUCCAGUGAAAUGGAGGAUUCGGAUUCACAUAUCAUUUCACCUGAAAAUAACAUUGAUCAAAUAAAAUCGAAUAGUUGUAUGACGACUUUCAGUAAAAUGGCGGAUUCGGAUUCACACAUUAUUUCACCUGAAAAUAAUAUUGAUCAAAUAAAAUCAGAUAGUUGUUCGACGACUUUGGUUGAAAUGGAGUGUUCGGAUUCAAGUAUUAUUUCACCUGAAGGUAACACUGAUCAAGAAAAAUUGGAUAUUUUUAAGACGACUACAGGUGAAUUAAAGGAUUCGGAUACCAGUAUUAUUUCACCUGUAGAUAAUACUGAUCAAGGAAUAGGGGAUAUUUGUAUGACAACUUCGAAUGAAUUAGAUAAUUUGGAUAUCCAUAUUAUUUUACCUGAAGAUAACAUUGAUCAAGGAUUAGGGGAUAUUUGUAUGUCGACUUUGAACGAAUUGGACGAUUCCAAUAUCUGUAUUAUUUCACCUGAAAAUAUCACUGAUCAAGGGAUAGGGGAUACUUGUAAGACAACUUCAAACGAAUUAGUAGAUUCAGAUAUUCGUAUUAUUUCACCUGAAGAAAACAUUGAUCGAGGAUCAGAGGAUAGUUGUGUGAUGACUUUAAACGAAUUGGAGGAUUCAAAUAUCUGUAUUAUUUCACCUGAAGAUAAUACUGAUCAAGGAAAAUUGGAUGUUUGUAUGACGACUUCAAUCAAAUUGGAGGUUUCGGAUUCACAUAUUAUUUCACCUGAAAAUAACACUGAUCAAGAAAAUUGUGAUAGUUGUAUGACGACUUUGAGCGAAAUGGAGGAUUCAGAUUCCCGUAUUAUUUCUGCUGAAGAUAACACUGAUCAAGAUCUAAAAGAAAACAUUGAAGGGUUCAUUGAUAUUCACAGUAUUUGGCAAUGUAUGAAAAGAAUAAAUUCAAACUUAGACUUUUUAGCUCAGAAAUUUAAUGAUUUAAAAUCUGAUAAAGUACAAACUCAAAAACUACCAGCAUCAAAAUUAGACAAUUUCGAUUUUUUAUUAUUGUUUCCAUUAAAAAAAAUAGAAGAUGUUAUUGAACUCGAAUCAAGACUAUUAGAUGAUAGUUCCCAAUUCUAUAAAAAGUUUGUUUCAUUUAUCACACCAAAAGAUCAGGAUAAGCAUGGGUUAAGUUUGAAAAACUAUGUUAGAACAAUUUUACGUUCAUUGUUUACUUAUAGUUUAACAAGCAACUAUUCUUGGCGUGGAUUUCGGGGAAAUUUUCAAAUUGGAAAUUUAAAAAUCAUCAAAAUUAUUUUUGAUAUAUCAAAAGCCAAAUACAAACAAGUUACAAAGCAAUGUGUUAAUUUGUAUAUCAAGGAAUGGAUCAGAUAUGCCAAACAACGCCACAAACAAUUAAAAAAAAUUAACGAUUGCUAAACCUUUACUACUAAAUAUUACUUUAUUAUUUUUAAGUUGUUAUAUUUUCCUGAAGAUUUGGUGCAUAGAUUAAUUUAGAAAUUACGAUAAGUUGUAAAUUAAAUCAGUGGAUUAAUUUACUGAUGUUAUAGUGUCGGUAAAUCAAAAUGAUCAUUACUUGUCUGCCAUGAGCUUUGUUGAAUUUUUUUUUUAUAAUAUGUAACCUUAAUUUUGGUUAGUUAUCUAUUAAAGAAUAUGUUUUAACACUUAAAACAAAACAUAUACACUUAAAAAAAAAUGUUUUAACGAUCAUUUUGUAUGAAAGACAAUCUGUUAUGAAAUAUAAGUUGUCUUAUAAUUACUUUCUAAACUAAAAUGUUUAACUCAUCUCUUAUUUAAUAAACUUAAUGUAAUUAAACAAUAUAUAUUACAUAAUUGAAUAAGUAUUUAAUGUAUUAUGUAUGCUUGAUAAUUAACAACAAUUUUUACUAUUAAAAAUUAUUAUAAAAACAAAUUAUAACAAUAUACAAUAUACAAUAAUUGCUUAUGAUUGUAGUCCCCUCUUAAGACUCCUCUAAAAUGGUAUAUUAUUUUUUAUUUAUAUUUAUUUGUCUAAUUGUGGUUAAAAAAAAAUUCAAAACGAGUCAAAUAUGUAUUAUUAGAUGACAAAGUUGUAAUAAUUAGUAUUCUACUAUGGCAAAAAAAAAUAAAAACUCAAGUAUUACCAAUUGUAUGUUUUUUACAUCCACUAUUAAAAUAUGACUAUUAAAAUAAUAUUGUACCAGGUAUUUCACCCCACUGCUUGUUUGGUUUUGUCAACUCCCUCAGAUGUUUUCAGAAUGUUUAUAAUUCAAUACUCACUACAAUCAGAUUUUGUAUAAAUUAUUAUUAUUAUUAUUUUUGUACAAUGGCAAUAAAAUUAUAAGACAUUAAAUAAUAUAAAAGGAAAAAUAUCUAUAUAUUAUAGGGAUGAACCUAAUGUACAACCAAAUAAAUUAAUCUAUUUAAUAUUUUAACAAGAGCAAUGCAUUCAAAAAAACAUUGUAUAAUUAGAUUACAAUGAUAGGUGUUAAUAGUUAAUGAACUAUAGAUUUUAAAAUCUUGUAUUAAAUAAAAUUAAAUUUUUUCUAUUCCUCAUGUUGAUUGUUUAUACCAACCGUUUUUAAAGAGUUGUGAUAUUCAAAAUAAGCCAUUUUCUAGGUUGUGUUAAUUUGUGCGUACUAACUAAUAACUAAUUAUUAAUCAGUAGUGUUUAUGAUUAUUGUACUGUAAAAGGAUUAGUGAAGUGCCACUGAACGUGCACUGAUAUCUUAAUAAAGCGGUACACCAAUAUUAAUUA